GUUACUGGGAAGACGUUGCUAUUUCCUGUGGAAGUUUUUUUUUGGUUAAACGUGUCGCUGGAAUAGUCAGAUUUUUCAACUGCAAUCGAAAUGCCAUUUACAUUUAGAAGACAGAAUAACAUACCAUUUAAACACAUAGCUCAUGGCUUGGUUCCUGCAGCCACGAUUGCUCCAAGAGCUGCUGUUCCCCGCACACCACCACCUCGUAGCCCCAAUCCUUCUCCGGAGAGACCAAGGUCAGCACUCGCAGCAGUGAUACUAACUUCGUGUUUGACUGGUCGUACUGUUGCUGUUCCUCAACCACAUUUGGCAUUGCCCCGUCAGAGAUCCUAUUCUGAAAGUGAUGGCACACGUUCAGAACAUAGAAGUUUUGUUGAACCUUAUGCCAGUAUAAAUGACCUUGGAUUUAGGAAUGAAUGGCAAAGCCCUGUAAGGGGAAGACCUCCAUUACCAUUGCCUUCCAAUUCUGAUGAGGAACAUCAUGAUGAAGAAUAUCAUGAUGAAGAGGAGGAAGAAGAAGAUGGUCAGGAUUUGGAUCACCUGUCAAAUAAAUCAGAUGAACCACAUUACUACAUUCUAGAAAAAGAAGAUGAGAUACAGAAAAAGGACCUGAUAUAUGCUGUUCCAUGCAAAGAGAAACAACAGGAUGAAAUCCCAAUAUCGAUAAGCAGUGAAAUGACUGAUGUUUCUUCCGAUGAUGUGACAUCCAUUACUCGGAUACAUGAACCAAAAUCUGGACAAGAACAUUCACCAGUUCAUGCACCUAAGAAUAAAAAAAGGACAAAGGAAGAAGAACAUUGUUCGUAUUCAUUUUCUGAGAAGGAAGCAUUGGAGCAACAAAAACAAACUGAAAAGCAACACGUGGUUCCAGAGUUCAGCCUAGUUACGGGUUCAAAAAGCAGCAUCAGUGUUGAAAAUCCCAGAACGCCAUCUCAAAAUAAGAAAAAAACGAAGAUAAAGAAAGUUUCAAAUGUCACCAAAUCAGAUAAAAACCAAGAACUGGUUUCACUCAGGCAACAGGCUCAGGAAUUGGUGGAUGAAAAUGAUGCUUUGAAAAUGACAGUACAUCGUUUAAGUAUAGAGCUAAGCCAUUAUCAAAGUAAAUGCAGAUCUGUGGAUAAAGAGGGGUCACAUCACAUUGGCCUUCCACCAUCAGGGGCACCUCCAUCUUGGCUUGUGGAUAUGAAGUAUUUAUCACCCCUUAUGUUGGCUUAUGAAGACCGACUACGGAAAAAGGAUGCUAUAUUGGAAGCACAUGAGAAGGAGAUGAAGAAUUUCAGAGCCAGAAUUGGAGAUGUGGUGAAGGAGAAUAAACAGCUUCAUCAACAAUGUGCGAGAAAUGGCAUUGUCAGCAACACAGAGUGGCAACAACUGCAGGAUCAGGCAAAGUUGGUUUUGGAGGAAAACCAAAUCUUAAUGGAACAGCUGGAAUUACAGCAAGAAAAAGGAAAAGGCAGUCACAACAGACACGUACAGGAAGUGUCAAAAUUGACUAAACAAUUAAUACUGCUGGAAGCAGAGAAGCAAAGCCAACACAAGGAGUUACAAGAGGCUCAUCAACAUUUAAACGACUUUUCUUCAAAGUAUGAUCAAGUUAAAGCAAGUCUUCGUGAGAAAAUAGGGGUGGAUGAACAUAAAACAGCCUUGAAUGAUCUCCAAAGAAAACUGCUGCUGGAGCAAGAGAAGCACCAUGUUGAAGUGGAGGAAUUGAUGGGAAAGAUUGCAUCUCUAAAAGCUGAGAAAAAGGGCCUGCUUGUUGAAAGGACAGAAUUAAUUGCUGACAAUAAAACUUUAGAAGCAGAACUACACGCAGCACUGAAGUCUAACAGGCUAGCACAGAAGAAGAUUGCUCUUCUAAAACAGCAGUUGGAAGAAGCUGUGGAGAAAGAGGUGGCAGCUCACCAAUAUUUGGCAAACUUGAUCAGCCUUGCUGAAAAAGCAGCUCAGGAACGUGAUCAGCUUGUACAUAAGACCAAGAGCUUAACAAAUGAGAAGAAUGGAGUUUUAAACAGGAUGCUGGCAGAUACUGUGCGUUUGGGCAAGUUGGAGGAGGAAGUAAAGGUAUAUAAAACAAAAGCUGCAGUGAAGCUAGGAGACAUCAACAACCGUAUGAAGGAACAGGAAGAGGAUUUUGCCAGAAGAUCUGCUCAGUACCAGCGGGAAAUACGACAUCUUCAGCAGCUAGUGAAGGACAAGCAGGAAAACCUUGAUGGACUGCUUGAACAGAAAAGGCAAGUAGAAUCUGAGCUUGAGACAGUCUGGGAAUCAACUAUGAGAGAGAAUCAACGGAUGAAAGAUCUUUUAUGUAGCACUUUACGAAGUACUAAUCUCUGGGAUACAGUCAACUUUGAUCAACUUGAUAUAGAGGAAAUCCCUUGCAGGUAUUUAGGCAGACAGUCAGACUUAGGAGCAUCCAGCUACUGUGAUGUAAUAGUCUCCUCUGCCAGAAGGGUGGAAGAUAGAAUGGCACAUGAGGACAACUUGCAGCCGAACAAUAACAAAAAACUGUCUGCUCAUUUGCCUGAAAGUGGAGAUUGUGCAGUCACGCAACAAAAAAAGCAAAAGCCCAGGGAAGAAAAUAUAAAGAGUCCGAUGUUUGACUCUGAUUCUGAUCAUCAACGAGUUACCUCUUCUGAUGAAAGUGACAAAAAUGAGCAUGAUUUCUAUUCUUAAUGUGAUUAUCAUCAACACUUCCAUAAUUAUCAUUUCUUCUUAUCAACUUUAAUAAAAAUAUUUUAUGAAUCAUGAGCUGUUUUACUGAUUGAUUCAUAUAAAGGUGUUUUUAUACUUGUCUUUUAAAGUUUAUAUUUAAACUAUUUGCAUUGUAACAGUAUCCAUUAUUCAAUAUGUAUUAGCACCUCUAGGAUUAGUGAUCCAAAUAUUCAUUUAGUUUAUUCAAUGCCCGUUUCCCAUCAGACAUUUGAAUGAACCAAAUUUGCAUUCUUAUCUUCUAGUUGCAGAACCAUAUUAAAAUAUACAAUCUAGAUAUUACCAUGUAAUACAUGGUAAUUGUAUGUUAGUUUGAUGAAUCUUGUUCAAACUAUUUGUAUAUUGAUUUAAGUUAUAUUCAUUUAAGUGAUGUAAUAGAGAUUAUUCUGAUAUUUAGGCUUCUUUUGGGGAAUAACAGUGGAACAGGAAUUUAUACCAUUGGGCUUGUUAUAUUAUAAAGUGGGAGUAUUUUACAUUGUAUGAAGCAAUAUUAUUUUCUGCAGGCUAGUGACAUGAGUCUGAUGGAACUGUCAGUGAAAUGCAAAAUUUUUAACAUGUCUAAUGCCUUUCAGUACUAAUCCAAAAGGAAAAUGUGUAUUUAUAUAUGCACGA